AUAAACUCAUCAGUCAUGUCUGGAAGAGGUAAAACCAGCGGUAAGACCAGAGCGAAGGCCAAGACAAGGUCCUCCAGGGCCGGGCUCCAGUUCCCCGUGGGCCGUGUCCACAGACACUUGAGGAAGGGUAACUACGCCCAUCGUAUCGGCGCCGGAGCUCCGGUGUACCUGGCGGCGGUGCUUGAGUAUUUGACCGCUGAGAUCCUUGAGCUGGCCGGGAACGCGGCCCGCGACAACAAGAAGACCCGCAUCAUCCCCCGUCACCUGCAACUGGCCGUCCGCAACGACGAGGAGCUCAACAAGCUGCUGGGCGGAGUGACCAUCGCUCAGGGCGGCGUGCUGCCCAACAUCCAGGCGGUGCUGCUGCCCAAGAAGACCGAGAAGGCCGCCAAGAAGUAGAGACCCGGACCGGUUCUCAGUUCACCCAACGGCUCUUUUAAGAGCCACCCACUCCUCUGAAAGAGAAAUCCUGUUAAGUUAUUUAUCACGUAUGUACGAAUAUAUUUUAGAUCCAA